GAUCUCGAAGCGCAAUUGUUCACGACACCAAUUCGGAAAUUCAUAUGGUUGCUUUUUCAACCUCUAUUCUAUGCAUUUCGUCCAUUAAUCAUAUAUAAAAAAGCUCCGUCAGAUCUUGAACUUAUCAAUGCGAUCGUUCAGGUAGCGUUCGAUCUGUUCGUACUGCAAAUGUUCGGCGUACGACCACUCGUCUAUCUGAUUUUGGGCACUCUUGCGGCAAUGGGAGUUCACCCGAGUGCCGGACAUUUCAUUUCUGAGCACUACGUCUUCAAGGAAAUGCAAGAGACCUAU